AUGUUCUCCGCCCGCCUUCCCGCGCUGCUGCGCACCACACCCGCACGAAGCCUCACCGCGUCGUACCCGCACCUCGCCCCAUUCAGCUCCACCUCCUCGUCCUCCUCGUCAUCCUCCUCUUCGACCACACCCGCCGCCAGCAAUGCGGCACCACACUCUGCGCAGAGCGAGAUUGCGAGCAACGCCGACGCGGCGAGCAUGACGAUGGGCGACGAGGAGGCAUUGGCGGCGACGGCGGCGGCGGCGGGCGAGGGGGCAAGAGCGGUGCAGCACCCGUACUUUGUGCCGCGCAUCGGCAAGACGGGCGACUCGCUCCCCGUCUACACCGAUAUCCGCAACGGCGGGACGCGCGUGCUCACAGAGAUCCGAAAGGUGCAGGGCGAUGUCGAGGCGCUACGCAAGGACCUCCUGGCCAACCUACAUCUGUUCGCCCUCGAAAACGCCACCCCUUUCGAGACCGCCAAGAAGCCCAUCAAGCCAAGGGCGGGGAGGAAGAGCGGCCCACAGCCCGGCCACCCCACCGCCGCCGUGCCCGUCCAGGUCUCCAAGGUCGACGCGGCGGGAAAGCUCGUCGUCAAGGGAAACAAGGUCCGCGAGGUCAAGGCCUUCCUCGAGGCAAAGGGCUUCUAG